AUGAGUCAGCAUUUAACAUCAAGAGCUGAAUGGAAUACAAUACUAGUAGAAGAUAAAGAGUCUGACCAGCCAGUGGGACCCGUGGUUGACCAGCAGCCCAGUGAUGAAAAACCUAAACAAGAGGGGUCACCCACUGAGAACCUGGAUGUUACACCUGAUGAAGAGAAAGCAGAUGCAGGAGCACCUGAGGUUCAAGGGAUUGAUCUGGAAGCUGAUACCCAAGAACUGGUGAAACCAGUGACUAAGGGCGAAUGUGGCAAUAAUCCUGAAGUCAUCGGGCAGGCUUGUGCAAAACCAGAGCCCACUGAAAUGCCAGAAGCAGAAGGGAAACCACCCGUUUAA